CCAAAUGUUGUUGAACUUAAUCAAGUAAUGGCUGGAAAAACAAAAAUCUAUUUUGCAAUGGAAUAUGUUAAGGGUGGUGAAUUAUUCAAUACGGUUGCUAAAGGGAGGCUUAGAGAAUCCGCGGCGCAUAAAUACUUCCAGCAAUUAAUUGCGGCUGUUGAUUUCUUCCAUAGCCGAGGUGUCUAUCAUCGCGACCUGAAACCUGAAAAUAUACUCUUGGAUGAAACCGGAAACCUAAAGGUCUCCGAUUUUGGCCUGAGUGCUCUUUACGAGACUAAAAGACAAGAUGGACUCCUACACAUGGCAUGUAGAACUCCAGCAUACGUCACGCCAGAGGUCAUUAAUAAGAGAGGGUACGAUGGCAAAAAGGCAGAUAUUUGGUCAGGUGGGGUCAUUUUGUUUGUCAUGUUAGCUGGUUAUCUUCCAUUCCAUGAUGCAAAUUUGAUGGUAAUGUACAAGAAAAUUAGUAAAGGGGAAUUCAAAUGUCCUGAACAUUUCCCUUCUGAAGUGAAAAAACUUCUUUCAAGAAUUCUUGAUCCAAAUCCAUUUUCAAGAAUCACAUUAGCUAAGUUAGUGAACUAUACUUGGUUCAAGAAAGGAUUCAAACAAAUUAAUAAACCACCAAUUUUGGAUCAAGAACAGGACGAAUCGCCUCGUAGUAUUUUCGAUAUUGUGGAUGAUUCAGAUGCAGAAAGUUCUUCAAGAUACAAAGAGCAAUCUCCAUCAACAAAGAAGCCUACUUGUUUGAAUGUUUUUGAUAUCAUGUCUCUUUCUCCUGCUUUUGAUCUCUCUAACUUGUUCGAGAAAGAUAAGAGCUGUAGAUCGGAGGCUAGAUUCAUGACUCAAAAUUCAGCAUCCACUAUCGUCUUGAGGCUAGAGGAAGUAGCUUCAAUGGGAAGUUGUAAGGUGAAGAAGAAAGACGGGACGGUGAAAAUGCAAGGAAGCAGGGAAGGGAGAAAAGGGAAACGAGCAAUUGAUGCAAAAAUAUUUUAAAUUACGCCAUCUUUCCAUGUUGUAGACGUGAAAAAAAAUCAGGAGAUACUGCAGAAUACAGGAAGUUUUGUGAUCAAGGCUUAAAGUCUUUCAUUAAAAGAUAUAGUUUGGACAUGGAUGAGCAACAUGAUGUGGAAAAUCAAGAAAUCUUUGAAGAAU